AUGAACUAUUGGUCGUUUUUCUGUGCACUUUUUGCUGUUCUUUGUUUUGCCAGAGCUGAAAACUAUUAUUUCAUAAAAAAAUGCUACAAAGAAGACAAAAAUAUUAACAUCUGUCUAAGACAAUCCACGAAUUUCUUGAUUGCUAACCUUAGAAGAGGUAUUCCUGAACUAGACGUUUAUGAUCCGGAACCAAUAAUUAUAGAUCAGAUUCAACUAGCUUUGGGAACGGGUCCAGAUGGUUACCGAGCAACUUUUAGAGAUAUAGAAGCGUUUGGUGUUAGCAAUCUUACCGUCACCGCUGUAAGGUAA